UCGAACAGCACAAAUGGCUUCCAAAGUCGCAGUCGCAGGUGCCACCGGUAACAUCGGCCUGCCCGUCGUCCAGCAGCUCGUCGCGGCCAAGUUCGACGUCGUCGUCCUCUCGCGCUCCGACAACCCCUCCGGCCUCCCCGCGGGCGUCACCGUCCGCAAGGUCGACUACGAUUCGGUCGAGUCGCUUACCGCCGCGCUCCAUGGCGUCGACGCCGUCGUGUCCGCCGUCGCCUCCGCCGCGCUCGCAGGUCAGACCAAGAUCAUCGACGCCGCCGUCGCCGCGGGCGUAAAGCGCUUCCUCCCCUCCGAAUUCGGCAACGACCUGCAGCACCCCGCCGUGCGUGCCGUGCCCGCGUUCGCGCCCAAGGUCGCCGUGCAGGAGUACCUGAAGAAGGUCGCCGCCGAGUCGAGCCUCACGUACACGAUCGUCAGCACCGGGCCGUUCCUCGACUGGGGCCUGUACGCCGGGUUCCUGCUCGGUUCGCCGAAGGAGCGCAAGGUGGAGAUCUACGACGGCGGGCAUCAGGAGUUCAGCGCGACGACGCUCCCGACGAUCGGCCGCGGGGUGGUCGCGGUGCUGCAGCAUCUGGAAGAGACGAAGAACCGGGCCGUGUACUUCCACGAGGCGGUCGUUAGCCAGAGCAAGCUGCUGGGGAUCGCGAAGGAGCUGACGCCCGGGGAGACGUGGGAGGUGACGGAGAGCAAGUCGGCGGACCUGAAGGCGAGGGCAGACGAGAAACUUGCGAAGGGCAUCUUCGAUAUGGAGGUGGGGAUUUCGCUGGUCAAGUAUUCCAUCUUAGGGCCAGGGUUUGGCCCCGUGUGGAAGAACUUGGAUAACGAGUUGCUGGGGAUCAAGACGAUCUCGGACGAGGAGUUGCGGGCGAUCGUGAAGUCCGCGUUGUAGGACUAGAGAUCGCUCUGUUUCUUGAUUAAGUGUUGGUAUGUAACGGAAACGCGUCGUGAUACAUGAAAAUAUGUGCUUAGCAUGCGCGUCACGAAUGGAAC